GCUUAGUUCCCUCCUUCUCCACGAUUUCCCCCCCCCUUUCGCCCCCAGCCUGUCCAGCCUGUAUCUUAUUUGGCUUGUCCCUCGUUAUCACCACUUUAUCGUGGUGACUGGCUAGCUGGCUGGCCCUUGCUUGGACUAUCUUGCUCGCUGGGUAACGUGGAUGGGCUGUGUGUCACUAUUAGUCGGAAUCAACUUGAUCUAGAUCUAUCUAUUUUAAUGGCUCCUUUAGUCGCCAUGCCACAAUCAACCACAUCAUCCCCUACCACCACCACAUCGGCGGUCAAGACACUGAUUUGCCGCGUUUGUCAAAAGGGCUUUUCUAAGGCAGAACAUUUGAGGAGACAUGAACGUUGUCAUACGGGAUCGAAGCCAUUCAUCUGCAAAGAAUGUCGGCGGCCUUUUGCCCGUCAGGACGCUCUGACCCGGCAUGAAAAGCUUCACACCCGCGCUGCCAACGCUAAACAGGCCCAAGUACAGCAAUCAUCCGUACAUGUUCCUCCGCAGACGACAACUUUGGAUGCUCUGCCCUGGGAUGCCAGUCGCGCUCCAGCACCACCCUUAGUUUCUACCUCUGCAUCUAAUCAGGCAUGGGAGACGUCCCAGGCUGAGCAGCAUCCGGGCCUGCAACAUGCAGCUUCCGAUCUCGAUUUCGCCCUGAUUUGGCCUGACUCAGAGAAUCUCUUUCAAAGUAUCAUGUCAUCCGAUGCCACCGACCAAUGGCAAAUGCCAUUAGGGGCUUUUCCCUUCCCACCAGUUGUACAAGAUGUUAAUGGGAUGAAUUUUGGGUCACCUAAUUCGUUCGACGACAGAGGGUCGUCAAUAGGCACAAUUCCCUCAGGUGGAAGCCACCAGGCCGUGCGGGAUGUUACCGAGAUGGUGACAAGCUCAUCAUCAAGUGUCACAGCUGCAAUCAAAGCGACCUCGAUAACAUCAGUCUUCUUAGAUGAAUGUCUGCAUAUGUUCUUCGUGCGAUUCAUCCCCACGUUCCCGGUUCUACAUCGAGCAACUUUCGUUUUCCGCGAGUGUACACAUCCUCUUCUUCUCAAUGCUAUGGCAUUGGGGUCGUUAUACCUGGGUCCGAAAGACUCUGUAGCUAAGGGGGAGGCUUUAUGGCGCUUAGCACAUACUGCUAUCGCAACCUCUUGGCAAUCGUUGAUCACACAUCGAGGCCCUUACGAUGUCUGCAAAGGAGUACAGCUCCUCAUCACAGCUCUUCUCGGCCAGAUAUACGGUGCUUUGUCUAAGAAUCGGGUUAUCCGUACGACGAGUCAAGUCUUCCGCCCACUUGGCUUCCUAUGGGCAAGGCACUGUGGGAUGCUGGAUGCUGACCCUUUUCCCAUGGAGAAUGUGCCUUUCCCAAACUCACCCAGCACAGAAAAGGAGUACAAAUGGCGUACAUGGGCAGCUCGAGAGAUUCAACAACGCGCGUUACUCGCGUAUCAUAUAUUAGAUGGCCUCGUCGCGCAGAUGUCUGGUGACAGUGCAUCUACUCGGCAUGUAGCCAACCCUUUGCAUCUCCCCAGCAGCGAAGCUGCCUUCGAUGCCGGUAAUGUCGACGAAUGGAUCGCUAUCAUGCGUACGCAGAAGGUGGAACAACCAUCCUUCCGCUUGGUGUUCCGCUCCCUCUUUCCUCCCAUCGGAAGCUUUCGACCUCUAGACUUCCAAUUUUCUGCCUUUGCAUUACGUGUUGUCCUAGAAGGCCUGCAGUCUCUCGUGUCUGAUUCGGACGAAAGCGAUCUUGCUGCCGUGGGGGUUCCUGGCCGUUCUGAUGUCCGCAGAGCAUUGGCUCAAGUACAUGAAACUAUUACUAUGAGUAUCCAUCUCUCUGCACCGGAGCGUCUUGAGGUUCUUCUGCGUUGGCAUACGAUAUGUCUCGACACCAUGAUCAACUCCACAGUCCUCUGCAGACAUGUUUGUUCCCGAUAUGACAUUACGCAACACGUUUCCGGAGGCUCCCGGACCAUCAAGCCAGGAUUCGACAUGGCCAAAUGGGUCAAUACAGAAGACGCUCGUCGUGCUUUGCUGCACGCUAUUGCAAUCCAAGAUAUUGUCGAACAGCUCCCGAGAGGCAGGGCCCAUGUUAUCCACAUGCCAAGCUCUUUGUUCUCGGCCACAACAAUAUACGUUGUCUUCUCUCUUGCUGGUGUGGCGAAUAUUCAUCUCCCACGCACGAUUGUCUGGCAGGACGCCCUGCUUUCGCGCGCUGAUCUGAACCUCGGGUGCGAGAACAUUCGCCCCUCGACUGGUUCUGAAACUCGACGUUUUGUCGAGGAAGGACGAACAGACUCUCCCCCUGGCAUGGGAGCGGUGCGUAAUCUGUUAUAUGAGAUGAACUCGUUGCAGAAGUUGUUCCGCUGCAUGUUCUCCCAGUGGGGCAUUGCGCAUGACAUGGAGGAGAUUAUUGAUCAGUGGAUUACUCUCUGCCACUAGGUGGUGACAGAUUCGCAUGUACAGCGUGGUGUUUUCCUGUCUAGCAUUUUUGGCGUCAGGUCCUGGUGACCUUUAGGUUAUACGGCUACAUAGAGGUUUGGUUUGUGAUUUAGGUCGUAUAUAGACAACCGAGGGCUUUUACGUAGGUAGGAGCCUCCAUCGGGACCAACCUUCCCUUAAGGAUUCCCACUAGAACUGUGCAUAGAAGGCCUAGUCAAUCGGGCCAUAACCGUGUAAGAUUGUGCUACAGACCGCAGUUUCCUGCUCUGCCUGGCAGUCCGUCCCCAUCACCCACAUCCCCAUCGCUUGCCGCUGCCGUCCCCACGUCGACUCCCCACAACCCGACUUCCUCUCAACUGCACCUUCCACACAACUCCUUUCUUGCAGCGACAGUCUCCCCUCUCUCCACAAUCCCAGGUUUCAAUGAUCUCUGGCUCAUGAUCGACACUUUCAGAUUGUCAAUGCUACGUUGCCA